GGCAAAAUUAAGUUCAUGUUCGAUGAUGAUGGCAGCAGAAGGCAAUGAAAGUCCAAACAGAAGCACUGAGGAUAAAACAUCUGCCCGCAGACAGAAUGAAGUUAAGAUAAUGAAGUUGAUCAGUCUGGUGAUUCUGGUGAUCCAGAAUGCAUCGCUCAUCUUCAGCAUCCGCUACGUGUGGACACUGGCUGGAGAUCAUUUUUUGGCCACAUCUGCUGUCGUGAUGGCGGAGAUUCUUAAAGUCCUCACCUGUCUGUUUCUCAUCACCAUGCAGAAGACAGGCGAAACAUCUACCAGUGGUAUUGCUUGGGUUGGCAGAACGAUUUUACUCUAAAUACUUGUGUACUGAACAAUGUAAUGUGACUGUUGAUGUUCCAUUUAAGAGAUUUCAUCGAUAAAAAUUUAGAUUUGAAAUAUCUAUUUUAGAAACACUUGUCUUCUUGACCAUUAUAUAUAUUUUCUAAAGAAAAUAAGAGAGAACUAAAUAAUGGUAAAUAUAAAAGUCCAAAAUAUAAAUAUCGAUUAUAUGCAUGU